AUGACUCAGACCUCCAAUUCUGUGACGGCCUGUAAAAAGGCUUUGUCUCGGCCCAUUCUCGUCGUCUUCGUCGUUGGCGCGACCGGGCCCUAUGCUUUACAAGCAUUUCAUUUCAGCCUUUCGCGCCUUCAUCCCAAAGUUGGCCUUCAUAAUUACAAUAUCGUCUACUUGAUGCACUCGGCUGGUGACUCCCAUGUUGAGGCUGGCAUGUGA